ACAUGCACAGGCCGCUGCAUAGAGGGCCACGUUGGGCCUUUUCAAUUUUCAAUGCGGGGGAAUAUCGAAGAAGAGCUUUGAUUGUUGGGUUUUUCUCCACCAGGUUUUGCAGCACAAUCACGCAACCGCUUCAUCAAUUUUCGGAUGGGAAUUACAGGCCAGGCAAGUGAAAGAAAGAAGUUCUUCUAUAAGGGGUCGGCGGACCUGACUUUGAACUUGGAUCAGCUCCUCCGUUUCCUGCCGUGCCGCCUGAACUGGACUCAAGAAAGAGGAAAAGGAGGAGAAUGUCCCAAAUGCUGAGGCUGCACACUGGAGGUCGGGCGGUGGGAGAAAUGGCACAACAAAUUCCUAAAGUUUAUUUUCGACGAUUGAGCAAAAUGACUGGUGAGACACACACACACACACACAAAACGUAAGUCAACUUCCUUCCUGAACUUUUGAAGUGACAAGAAAAAGGACGAUUUAUAUACUAGAGGUGGAAUGUUGCCAAAUAGUGAUCCCCAGUCCUCCUUUUUAAUAUUUGAACCUGCCUUUCGCUGUGUGGAUUUUCCUGGAAACUCAAAUAUACUCACUUGCUUGAAUCGCUUUCAUUUGUUUCCUUGCCAUUUCUGCUGUAUAAAAUACUUCGAGGUCCAUAAUUGUGCAAAAACAGUUGCUACUAUUACAAUUUUGGGCUUAAAUGUUCAGAUGGUGUUUGCGUUCACAAUUGAAGGGCAGGCCGAAUGUAAUGGUCACAUAGCCAGUUAAAAAAAAAAGAACCCCCCCCAAAACAUCGGCCAUACUUUGCCCACCCUUCUGUGAGUUUUCUGUUCCCCAAAUAUGGUGCUUGGCCUCUCUGGUGGUUUUGUUUUUAAGGGGUGAUCAAAGCAUCCACCUCAACAUGUCUCCCUCAUUAUGUGUGAACGUGUGUGUGUGUGUGUGUGUGUAGUGGGGGGGGGGGGGUCAAUGUGAGAAAUAGUGGAACAUGUGGGGACAAACCAAAGGAGCAAACAAACAAGCAGUCACAGCCCAUGUUCUGUGGUUUAGUGGUUUCGGUGGCUGGGCGACCACUGGAGUCCUUCCGCUGUAUUUUUAUGUGGUCUUUUUUUUCUUUUUCAUGAAACUAGAUUUUGCAUAAAUUAUCAAUGUGCAUAGAAAACCAACAUGGCUAAAUAAGCACUAGUGGAACAUACUGUAGAAAGAGGUGUAGUUAUUGCUCUAUUUGAAAAAAAAGUUUAGCGUUGAAUCAGGAGGUCUUUUAUUCAUUUUUUAAAUUUUCCGUUUUUGACCGCAUGUCUUCUCGUUGCACAGUGCCUCUUUAUUUCUCAAUUUGUCUUGAUUGAUAGAUGGAUAAAUGGAUCAAUAUGCAAUCCCGAGUUAAGGUCUUAUGGCAUGCCUCGGAACUCAUUGUUAAGCGAUGACAGAAGAUGCAACCAAUAGUUAAGAUUUUAGUAACUUGGCCUUAUGUCACAAUUAGUCUUUAAUCCCAAAUCAUUAUGGAAUCAAUACAGUCAGACUCCCCCAAAAAUUAAUACAUACAGUCUAUCAUAAUUUUUUACUUGAGAUGCAAUACAUACAGUUGUUGUGUUUAUAGCAUAUUUACAGUUUGACAAAACGGUCAAAAUGCAUAUUUAUUCCCUAAGACAGAUAGAUACUGUAUUUUGCUUUUGUUUAUUUUAUGCAUUCAAAACGUUCCAUUUGUUAGUGUACUGUACAUGCAUUUAUGCAACAGGUCCUGCACACCCCAACUUUCUGCAAAAACUAAAGAAAUUGCAUGUAAUAACAGUGUUAUAAAUAAGACUCUGAGAAUAUUUGUAACGCGACACAUAGUCGGCAUUUGCCUAUUAUACACCAUUGUAUUCAUUGUGCACGAGACACGGCCAACGAGAUGCACACGGUGUAAUAAUAAUAAACAUGUAAUAGAUUUGUAAAAACAGUGUAACAAUCACUUGCUACAUAUUACCUUUUUAGUGCACCAUAUAUGUCGAGAAAACUUAACUUAAAAAAAUAGCAAUUUGUCGUUAUAAUUUUCAAUACAGAGUAGUCACCAAGUAUCUUAAUAUCCUGUUUUAUUGACGAGUCUGCAUUAUGUUUAACAAUUGCGUUACAGUGCGGUGAGAUAAGUGACAUGAAGUAAGCCCUUUUUUCGCUUCGGCUUCUCUCUGUAACUGCAAUUAUUUAACGUUCAAAAGACUUGCAACCCUUGCUUUAUAACGCAUGUGCAAAAAAUACGGACUCAUUUCACAUUCCGUAACGUAUUCAUCGUAAGAAACAGCAAAACGGGUGGUUCGAUUUUCAUCAAAGAUGCAGUAAAAACAACAACAUGCCUAUCCAGACCUAAAAACACGCACGUUUCCCUCUCUCUUGUACCCGACUGCCUUUGGCAAAAGUCUCUUAAAAAAGUAGGCGGUAAUUCUAGCGGAACAACGCCGCGUUACCUGCCAUUGGAGGGCCACCUGGGAUUGAUGAGAAGCGGCGGCCAAUGAGGCUGCGAGGAGACCGUCAAGUGGCCCCAGUUAAAGGGGGCGUUAGAGGAGGAAGGGCCAGUCCGCGGAGUAGCUUUUGGGAACCUCUGCGCGAGAAGAGACCCCGAGAGCGAACGAGACACAGCGCACGACAAGCGAGUCGAACGCGCGAGCGAGAGAAUUAUUUUGUUCACGUUCAAACUACUUUGAUGAUAAGGAAGAAUUCGGACGCACAAGAGGAGGCCGAUACAUUUGGAAUUUUUUUUGGUUGCAAAUUUAUUAAACUUGAUCAGAAGUGAGUGUUUCUUUUAUUUGUUGAUUGUUAUUGCGCGGAGCGCUCCAGUCGGCAAUGUGGUUUCCCACGCCGACCGCGUGACAGAAUCACCUCUCUUGCCUGUCGCUUUCUUCCGAACAAUUCCGUGCGUAAUUUGGCGAGAGUGAGUUGAGUUCGCAGGGCAAGGCGCCAUGCUGCUGGACGCAGGCCACCAGUUCCCGGGUCUGGGCUCGUUCGCCCGCCACCACCCGGCGGCCGGAGACAUGCAGGAGCGAGACCUGAGCCUGGCCCAGAACACGUUCGUGGACUCUGCCCACAUGGGCGCCUUCAAGCUCAACCACGAGCUCUCCCCGCCGGGCCAGAGCUCCGCCUUCAGCAGCCAGGCGCCCGGCUACCCGGCGGCGGCGCUGGGCGCGCACGCCGCCCACGUCACGUCGUACGCGGGCUCCCCGUUCAACUCCACCCGGGACUUUUUGUUUCGCAGUCGCGGCUUCGGCGACAGCUCCCCGGCCGGGGGCCAGCACGCGCUCUUCGGCCCCGCGGCGGGCUCCCUGCACCCCACGCACCACCCCGCGGACACGCCGCAGGGCCACAUCUUGUUCCCGGGCAUCCACGAGCAGCACGGCUCCCACGCGUCCGGCAACGUGCUCAACGGGCAGAUGCGGCUCGGCUUGGCGGGGGAGGUGUUCGGUCGAUCCGAGCAGUACCACCAGGUGUCCAGCCCCCGGGCCGACGCGUACUCGGCGGCGCAGCUGCACAACCAGUACGGCUCCAUGAACGUGAACAUGGCCGCGCACCACCACCACCAUCACCACCACCACCCGGGCGCCUUCUUCCGCUACAUGCGACAGCAGUGCAUCAAGCAGGAGCUCAUCUGCAAGUGGAUCGAACCCGAGCAGCUGAGCAACCCCAAGAAGUGCUGCAACAAGACGUUCAGCACCAUGCACGAGUUGGUCACGCACGUCUCCGUGGAGCACGUCGGCGGGCCCGAGCAGACCAACCACAUCUGCUUCUGGGAGGAGUGCCCGCGAGAGAGCAAGCCCUUCAAGGCCAAGUACAAGCUGGUCAACCACAUCAGGGUGCACACGGGCGAGAAGCCCUUCCCGUGCCCCUUCCCGGGCUGCGGCAAAGUCUUCGCGCGCUCCGAGAAUCUCAAGAUCCACAAGCGCACCCACACAGGGGAGAAACCCUUCCAGUGCGAGUUUGAAGGCUGCGACAGGAGGUUUGCCAACAGCAGUGACCGAAAGAAGCACAUGCAUGUCCACACCUCGGACAAGCCCUACCUGUGCAAGAUGUGCGACAAAUCCUACACGCACCCGAGCUCCCUACGAAAACACAUGAAGGUGCACGAGUCGCCCCCAUCUGCGUCCGACUCCUCGCCGGCAGCCAGCUCGGGCUAUGAGUCGUCCACCCCACCGGGCUUGGUGUCACCCACCACCGACACCCAAAGCAACACCACACUGUCCCCGGCCUCGGUCGUGCACAGCAGCACCAGCCACAGCGGCCUCUCGUCCAAUUUCAGUGAAUGGUAUGUGUAGGCCCCCUACCUAUAAUGAAGGCACACAUACUCAUUUCACAGCACUGCCCCCCCUCCUCCCCCAAUCCCCAAAGAAAGGAAAUUGGGACACAUAUUGUGUAUUUUAUGAUAAUUUUCAUCUCCUCCGCAACAGAGGGAGAUGUGUAUAAUAGAUUCCUAUUGUAAAUAGUGACUCACGUUCAUUGUGCUAGAUUUGUCUUUUUUGGUGUCUCGAUGUUUCUUCGAUGGUAGCUAUCGCUUGAACUGGACUCUUAGUGCACAUAAUCCAAGAAUGAUUUUCCUCCAUAUUGUGAUCAUAAACAGGAAAAUUGAUUGUACCAUACUAGAAACUUUGAAAGGCCCUAUGAACUGAAAAGCGUGCCAAAGUUGAACACACGGACACACCCCGUUUAUCAUGCUUGUGAAUGUACAUUUUUCUUGGGAUCCUUUUUUGAAGAGAAGAAAAAGUUUUCCGGGCUUAACUUGUGCCGAUUUUUGUUGUUGUUGUUGUUGUUGUGCUUUGCAAAUUGUGACUAGCAAACAUGCUAUAUGUGGAAGGACUAUUGAGGAAAAUUUUAACUUUGUGUUGUUUUUCCUGUGAGUCCUUCCUGUAUUGUGUGAGUGUGUGUGCGUGUGCGUGCAUGUAAAUAACCAACUGCCAUAUUUAUCCAUUUGUAAUUAAAUUAUGGUAUUUACUUGCUACAGAUGAAACAGUAUUUAUAAAAAGAAUGUUUCCUUUUGUUUUGGACUAUAAAUAUGUACAAAACUCCAGAGGCAGUUGUUUUUCGUCGUGCUUUUUUCUUUUGGAAAAAAAGUUUUAAAGAAGUGUUUUCAUCCUGACUGUGAUAAAACAUUGACUCCAUAUAAAUAUAAUAAAAUAAAAAAAUGUUGAAAGUGCUAA